CACACACUCACCACUUAAAGUUAAAGUUUAACCCCAACUAAUAUUCAUAAUCAUCAUACUAAUUAAUUAUACCCCGUUAACCCCUCAAACAAAAAAAAAAAGGAAGAUAAUAUUCAAAUGCAUUGAUCGACAUAUGAAAAACCCUAGAAUUAAUUAUCCGGGUCGGGUAGUUUGACCGUUUUAGCAUCUGGGUCAAGAUCAAUUCUUGUACUUGAUGACACUUUAUAUAUGUUCUAGACUAGAUAAUGAGAGUCAACUGUUAAUUAAUGGUGUUUUUUUGAUUUAAAGAGAUUGUUUUUUUUCUAUUUUUUAAAUUAUAGUUAGUCAAAUGGCAAGGCGCCAUGGAUGGGAACUUCCUGCUCAUACUUUCCAGGUUGUGGCUAUUACAGUCUUUUUCUUGUUGUCAGUUGCCUUCUAUGCAUUUUUCUCUCCUUUUCUUGGAAAGGACAUCUAUGAGCAUGUUGCGAUCGGUGUUUAUUCGUUCUUGGCUCUAAGUGUGUUUAUCCUCUACGUAAGAUGCACAGCUAUUGACCCUGCUGAUCCCGGCAUUCUAAUUGAGCCAGGAAGGCCAUCACCAAAUAGAUCACAAAAUGGUACAGAAGUUCCUGCAAAUGCGUCUUCUGUUGGGGAACUUAGCAAGUCAGGAUUUGGAAAUGGAGGAAUAUACGAUAACGGUAGCCCGGGUUGUUGCUCAAAAGUUGCGGUGGUCCUUUGUGGGUGUAUUGUCAAAGAAGAUUGCCGUAAUGAUGAAGAGAUGCAACAAGGAGGAGAAGAGGAGGCUUUAUUCUGCACGUUGUGCAAUGCAGAGGUGCGUAAGUUCAGCAAACACUGCAGAAGUUGUGAUAAAUGUGUUGAUGGAUUUGAUCAUCAUUGUCGGUGGUUGAACAAUUGUGUAGGGAGGAAAAAUUACUUCACAUUUGUCUGCUUAAUGGCUGUGGGCCUUGUUUGGCUUACUUUUGAAUGUGGGGUUGGUAUUGCUGUGCUUGUUCGAUGCUUUGUUAAUAAACGGGCGACAGAGGACCAGAUUGCUGAUAGACUUGGAGAUGGAUUUAGUCGGGCCCCAUUUGCAACGGUUGUGGCUAUAUGUACAGUGGUUUCCUUUCUAGCCACUAUUCCCCUAGGAGAGCUCUUCUUCUUUCACAUAAUUUUAAUCCGCAAGGGUAUCACAACAUAUGAAUAUGUUGUUGCAAUGAGGACCCAAAGUGAGCCUCCAGGACCUUCAAUAGACGGGAUGGAUCAACAAAGCUUGCAAUCCUCACCCACCAGCUCUGCUGUCACUGCGAUGAGUGGUCGAAGCUCUGUUGGCUUGGGUUUGCAGUAUAAAGGUGCUUGGUGCACCCCUCCAAGAAUCUUUAUGGAUCAUCAGGAUGAAGUCAUUCCCCAUCUAGAACCUGGCCGGCUUCCAUCAACAGUUGAUCCAGAUGCGGUCCAGCCGCCUGAUAAGGGUAAACGACCACCUAGCCGCCCAGUUCGAAUCAGCGCUUGGAAGCUUGCAAAACUUGACUCAGCCGAAGCCAUGAAAGCUGGUGCAAAGGCUCGAGCCUCCUCGUCUGUUCUGCGUCCACUAGGCUCUAAACCAAAUCAGUACGAUCAUGAUCACUUAUCUAGCAGCAAUGUGAGCAUAAAAAGCAGCCCGAAUAGUGCUCAUCACCACCGUUAUCACGACUCGAAAAGCUCGUAUCCACCUAGUCGAGCUAGCCGGGAUGAUACAGAAACUUGUGCUCAUAGCGUUGUUAGUAAUUUGAGCAGCCCACAGCCAGCUAGGGACCAUUUUAACCCAAUGUACCAGUCCUCCGGAAACCAGUCUCCUUGGUCUAACGAGCCCGUACCAGUGGCUGUGCCAUUGCCAGUGCCUGUGCCUGCAGUGGCACCUCCACCGGUGCGGCUCCCACAGCCUCCCAGGAGAAACGUGGUGGUCAAUGAAGGGAUGAGAUCAUCCUCUGUAUAUUGGGAUCAAGAAGCAGGCCGGUUCGUGUCUGCUGCGACGGUGAAGACCGUAGGUGGUGGCUCUACCUCUCAGGGUGGUUCUGGAACCGAGCUUACAUACACGGGUCAAUCGAUUUUCUUUGGUGGGCCUCUUGUGGGACCUAGUGGCGGUGGUGGUACACAUAGGGAAACCACCACCACCACCACCACAAAUGCUGCCAUAACAACCAACACGUCGAGUUAUUAUCAGCAGGGCAGAUCACAGCGGGGCGGACAGCUUCCUGUGUUUGUUCCAAGUGAUUCUUCCCAGCAGCAAAGAUUACAUAGAGACAUCUAACUUUGUAAACCCCCAACUAGAUUUGUUCGUUACUUGUAGAGUUGUUUUACUUUGACUUUUUGAAUUUUCAAAAGUUUGACUUCUUUACAAAACAUUGUGCUGAUUCUGAACUUGAUUGCGUUUUGUUGUAUCUGAAUUGUUUAUUAUGACCUAAAGUUUAGAUCAUAAUAAUCAAUUUUGAGUA